AUGGCGACUUCACGAGGCAAUGGAAUUGUCUCAAGUUAUUGGGAUUCCCAUGGGCAGUGGCAAGUUUGUGUCGAAGACGAUAGAAAUGUGGGCUCUUUAGGAAUUUUCAUUGGGGAUCGUCCAUUUGAAUUUGUGCUUCCUGCCUCUAAGAACACCCAAAUUCAUCUGCAACGUCCUGUCUCGCCGCUGGAAAACAGCCGAAAGCGCCAUAAGCUGGAUAGGUGCACUUCUCCGACAAGGCAGUGUGAUAACGUGGUUUAUAGUUCCAAAUUGAAGGUAGUUGAGGCUGUUCCGAAUUAUUCUUCAAAGAGUCCAAUGUUGGACUCCACAAGUCCAAUAGUUGUCGAGGAGUGUCUGAGGUAUGGGGGUGGCAUUAUUUUGGGCCCCACAUUUUUGGGGCGGAGCAAGACGUAUUGGCAGGUUUUAUUUCCACCGAGACAGACGGAGUAUUUAGUGAUGGCAUCCUUAACCGGCGCCGUAUAUUUCGUAUUCUUAGUUGCAUUGAAAAUGGACGUACUAAUGACCAUAAGAGCAGCCAAAAGCACGUGGCGACUUGGAGUAAUUCCCUUCCUCGCUUCAUUUGUGGUUAUCUUAGCACUCUUAUGUCUCUAUUAUCACCCCCAACAAAUUUCCUCUGCAUCUUUAACAAUCGCGCGUGUCUCAGUAAGCUGCUUAAUGUCGUUGAGCAACUUCCCCGUCGUGUCUGAUGCAAUGCUUGAACUGAACCUCACAGCCACAGAACUUGGCCAGAUCGCUCUCUCUUCCUCCAUGAUCAACGACAUCAUACUAUGGCUUUUCAUCGUUAUGCAUAGCUUCACAUCUAAUGUUGAUGUGAAAAAAUCAAUCGCAUUGUUGGGAAACUGGUGCUUGCUCGUCUUCUUCAACUUCUUUGUUCUUCGACCAACCAUGAAAUUGAUUGCUAUGAGAACCCCAGUUGGAAAACCUGUGAAGGAACUUUAUGUUGUGUUGAUACUUCUUGGGGUGCUAGUGAUGGCUGGUGUGGGAGACUUGAUGGGCGUAACGUUUCUCAUGGGACCCUUGAUUUUUGGUUUGGUCGUACCAAGUGGCCCCCCCUUAGGGACAACGCUAGCGGAGAAGAGUGAAGUUCUUACCACUGAGUUCUUGCUACCCUUCUUCUUUGUGUACAUUGGCAUCAACACGGAUUUGUCUGCACUUGAGGAUUGGCGCUUAUUUUUGACCCUUCAGGGUGUUUUCUUCGCGGGAGACUUGGCCAAGUUGCUGGCCUGUGUGUUGGUUUCUCUAGCGUACAACAUUAGACCUAAACAUGGCACGCUACUUGGCCUCAUGUUGAACAUCAAGGGUAUAACUCAACUCAUAAGUUUGGCUAGAUUCAAGAAACAAAAGAUGUUGGAUGAGGAUACAUUCAGUCAAUUGGUGUUCUGUGUGGUACUUAUAACCGCGAUUGUAACACCCUUGGUUAACAUAUUGUACAAGCAUCGCCCUCGAGUACACGCAGAAAGCUUAUUCGAAGGGGAACUGAGAACGAUCCAAAGCACUCCAAGAAACAGAGAGUUUCACAUUGUUUGUUGUGUACAUAAUGAAGCAAACGUGCGUGGCAUCACUGCCUUAUUAGAAGAGUGCAACCCAGUGCAAGAGAGCCCCAUAUGCGUCUACGCAGUCCACCUUAUCGAGCUCGUGGGGAAAAGUGCACCCAUUCUCCUUCCCAUAAAACAUAGACACGGUAGCAGAAAAUUCUUGUCUGUGAAUUACCCCAACACCAACCACAUCAUGCAAGCCUUCGAAAACUACUCCAACAACUCAAGUGGGCCAGUCAAGGUUCUUCCCUACAUCAACGUGGCACCUUACAAGAGCAUGCACGACGCCAUUUUCAACCUCGCCCAAGACAAUAUGGUGCCUUUCAUUAUCAUCCCUUUUCACGAAAACGGCAACAUUGACCUUGUCGGACACGUGGCAGCCUCCAUCAGGAAGAUGAAUAUUAGGUUUCAAGCGCAUGCGCCAUGCACGUUGGGGAUACUCGUGGACCGGCACUCUCGGCUGGGCGCGUCCAACAACAACAACAUGUAUUUCAACGUGGGUGUAUUCUUCAUAGGUGGGGCCCACGAUAGGGAAGCUCUGGCAUUGGGAAUUCGAAUGUCGGAGCGUGCAGAUACGAGGGUGAGCUUGUUUAGGUUUGUUAUCGUGAACAAGAAACCGUGUGGUUGUAAAAUUAUUUUGACAAGAGAAGAGCGUGAAGAGGAAGAGGAAGAUACCAUGUUGGACGAGGGGUUAAUUGACGAGUUCAAGAGCAUGAAAUAUGGCAUUGGUAACGUUUGUUGGUACGAGAUUACGGUGGACGAUGGGGUGGAGGUGUUGGAAGCAGUGCAUAGUUUGGAAGGAAACUAUGAUCUUGUGAUGGUGGGAAGGCGCCACAAUGAUGGAUCUUUGAAUGGAAAAGAAAUGACAACUUUCAUGGAGAACGCUGAUGCAUUGGGAAUAUUGGGGGAUAUGUUGUCUUCAGUAGAAUUUUGUAUGGGGAUGGUUCCGGUUUUAGUGACACAGUGUGGUGGAGUGAAGAUAAGUAGUAGUAGUAAUAAUAAGCUUGAUAGAGUAGGUUCAGUUAAUGUCUCACAAAAACGUUUAUCUGUUCAUAAAUAA